UGUACGUCGCUGUAGUCACACAUGCCUUGAUCGAAAGAUGAUAAAUAAUUUUGAGCAACAAUUUUUCUUCAUUCAUAUCGAAAAUAUCUUGAUAUACGAGCGUGAUAUAAAAAUCGUCUUAUCGGAAAUAUUACGAACUUUAGCCGUAAAAGAAUUAUCGUAGUAUUGUGCAAAAAAGAGUAGAAAUGGAGGCAACAAUAGAAGAAAAUUGUGAAAUAUUAACCGCAACGUCUUCAAUAAAAGACUUCAUACAAGUUUCAUCUAAUUGGAUGAUUGACGGAAAGAAAUGUUAUGUAGAUACUAUUACAACAAUACCAUUAUCACUUGCUCCAGAGAGUAUAGAUUUAAAUGAUAUAAUUUCUUUGGAUACAUGUAUUUAUUUACGUUCGACGGAACAAGUGAAAGAACCAUGUACAUUGGACAUAAAAUUAACGAAUAAUCAAAAAAUAUCACGUAUUAUAAUUAUCUCUGAAGCGUACGUCUUAGAAUUUUUUAAACAAUACGGAGAAUAUGCAACUACAGUCUUUGCAGAACAAAUAGAUGAGUUUAUAGGAAGUACUAUAUAUUUAGCAGAAAUGAGUUUAAAACAUCCUAGUACUGAGGCCAGUAUUAAAUUUACGAAAAUAAAAAAUGCAGAACCCAUGUUAUGGAUAUACGGUAUAAAACUUAUAUUGACAGAAUCUGUUAAAGAAAAUAAAUCAGAGAUACUUGAUUAUACAAUAACAAAUUUUCUGAAUAACUUAAAUGGUUCAACACAGCAAAAAGAAAUUUUAGCUAAUAUAAUGUUAGAAUCUUUUAAACAAGAAAAGAAUCCUAUAAAUGAUGAAAUUAUACCUUUAAAAAACUUUAUCAUUUCCAAUACUUUACAAAUACAAAAUAAUAAUAAAAAUAUAACCGAAGAAACCAAAAAAGUGGAUCUUAAUUGCAAAGAUGAUUGUAAAAAUGUAGAAAUUACAAACAUUGAAACAUAUAUUAAUAAUAAAUUUCAUGAAAUGGAAAAAAGAACUAUGCACAGAUUAAAUGAAAUUGAACAGAAUAUUAAUCAAAAACUAGAUGCUAUACUUAAGAAACUUGAAGUGAAAUUAAAAUGAUAAUAUUUAUGAACACUUUUGUAUAUAGUUUUCAUAAUUUAUCAUAACAUAAUACUGUUUUAAUUAUAUUUCAAUACCUUAUUUCUAUUGUAUUCUUAUAAAAAUGACCAACUUUAUUUAACUAUCA